UGGACGUCGCACGUGUCAGUCCACGCAAAUCUAAAAGUCCCUAAUAUCUUCACUACUGUACCUUAGUAGAUGUUUUUGUGUCAUGGCAACAACUGGCCAAUCAAGAGACAGUCUGGAGAAAGAUCAAGACACAAUUUAGUAGAUUCUUUUCUUAGUGCAUUUCAUCUUAGUAGAAGGACUUGAGUUUGGAAGCAAGAUAUUUUCUGCACUACAUUAGGUUUAUUCGGCUGUACUUAUCAUCAAGAGGACUUGUCAUAUAGCUUUACUUCAUUUGGAUAUCAUCACACGUUCUAAACUUUUCUUUGCUUGUGUUCGCCAAAAGAGAGUUUUAAUUUGCGUGACAUCAUUCUACCAUCACCUGAUCAGAAGAUAGAGAACCUGCCAAAUCCCAAACGUACACAGCGCCCUCUAUCAGAUGGUGACAUCCUAUCAGAAAGCUACCUCCAACGUCUCCAGAGUCCACUCCCAACUCCUGAAGAAGCCGUCAGGCAACAUGUGGGACCAUCAUCAAUGGUUACUGUGGACACCUCAGGGUCAGGGUUUGAGCGUAUGGCGAACAUCCGACGCUCACUCACACUCACAUUCAGGAUGUCCUCCAGGGGGAGAAAGGAACGCAGGGAGAAGAAGGCCUGGAGGAGAACUGUGUCAGGGAUCCCUCGAGAAGUUGAAGAGGAACUCAAGAUGGGGCGUGCUCGCUCCAACUCUGGCAGUGAAUACACCAGUAGCUCCAGCGCCGAUUUUGAGGAGAUACGGACACAGAGUCUGGAUAGAAAGCUCAAGUAUUCUGUGAGGGAGUAUAACAAGGCUUACGAAGCAAGGAAGGCUGCCGGCAAGGUCGGGAAGCCAAGCAUCGCAGUGGUUGCUCCUCUAAGAAACAGGAGAAGAAACCGUCACUCACUAGGAGAUUCCAGUAAGCUUGAGAAGGCUCUGAACCUCAAUGGGUCUGCAUCGCUUCCUAGAGGUAUGGGACUCCUAAGACCAAACUCAGUACCUCCAGGAAGUGCUAUGGGAACUGUUCAAUUCUCAGGUUCUUCUGCAGACAGCUCAAUGGAGAGGAUAUGGCAGACAGCAGCAGUCAACAGACUCAAUGAACAUGCGGAAUCACGUAAGCACCCAUCUGGUCACUAUCGGAAUGGAAAGCCUAAACUCUUCCUGCCCCAGAUGUCUCAUCUACCAAAUGCAGUGAUCUCCACCCAGUCUUACUUGAACCCUAUCCCUACUGACACGACAGUCACGUCAAAGGGUGAUAUCCAACAUCCGAAACCUCAUCAGCAACAUCUUCGUCCAGAUCCUGCAGAACUCGCAGCUUCAGUCAGGUUAAGGAUGCAGAAGUCUAGCAUAAGGAAAGAGGAUAGGAGAUCCAGUUCAGGGAACUGGAGUGGAACGGACAGUACAAGAACAUCAGUGUGCUCAGAACAGGACAGUCAAGUGACUCCUCCAGCCAACAUGGAUGCAUCUCCUUCAGAUUCUGCAGUGUCGUUGUCCAAUGAGAUAGAAUGUUCUCAGGGAACGCCAAUCGCUCCUUGCGCCAAUUCUUCAUUCCCUGGGUUAAUCAAUGGGGAUGGGUCUCGUCCCUGCUUCCUUCCUGUUCAGAAGUCCUCUCAUAGUUCCUCUAGCGGGAGUCCAACACCAACCAAUGAACUAGAAGCAGCUGGUGGAACCUUUACCAGAUUGGACACUGAGACAUGGUUGAAGAGUGUAGGCGCCUCCCAAGGGUCUGCCUCUGCUUCUAUACACAGUAAGCCAGAGCUUGGUAAUACUGCUCCUUCUGUUAAAGGACCACUCAAACCUCAGCUCUCCUUUGGCGAUUCUUCCUCAGAGUCUUCGGUUGAGAAUGCAGCAAGUAUCGUCUCUGACAACACCUCCCUAGACCUUGAUGCUUACUUUGGAGACUCGGCCGAGGAGUUCCCUGAUACAGACAGCCUAUCAGCAUUCUCUGUUGAUCAAGAAGGUUACUGGACCUCGAUGCACUCAGACUGUGGACUCUCUCCGAAGCACGCCAAACACCCAACAAUCCCUGAGCAUCCUCAGUGUGUGGGCUAUGACUAUGACAUUGCAGCUCACUAUAAGGGUAAGGACAGUCGCAGAGGGUUCAUCACACCUAAGAACAAAGUCUCAAAGGACUCCAAUCAGCAAGCUGCUCCAGCGCUGCCCAUGAGGGAUGACUCCUUCUCAUUAGAUGCACAUCUCAGCAAUCUACAACUUCAGCCUCAUUUAGAUGGAAGUCCCAUAUCUAUGGAUUCCUCAUCACCUUCUAACCAGACCCUCACCAACGACUCUGAUGGAAGUAGGAGUGUAACACCAGCUCCAAGCGACAUGUCCGAUGUGAGCAGUGCCAGCUAUGAUCUUCCACCUCCACUGUGCAGCCCUAAUGAUCCUAAGAUGUACAGCAUAUGCUAUGGAGGAGUAAGUAAGGCUGGAGGAAUGCCUGGAGGGCCACCAUCCACCAGCAGACAAACUCCAAUCAGUGCCCUCAGUAUGGCCACCAACAUCUCCUCCAAUGGAUUGCAGUACACCCAGUCAUUGAUCAACGGCGUUGGUAGGUCUGAGACAUCAACUGCAGUCACUAGCUCUCAGCAGAUGAGUGGACAGAACAUGGGGUCUCUUGGUCUGCAGAAUCACUUUCCUAUAGCUUCCUCUGCGACUUCUUCUGGUAGCCAGGCUUCAGACUUCUGGGCCACACCUAUACCAGGAGCCAUGAUGAAAGCAAGGGAACGUUUUUAUGGCUACAAACCAUCACCCAAACCUGAGCAACAAACCAGUCAGACAAUGACAGAGUCUGACACAGAUACUGUGACACCAGUCACAAGUCCAAGGACUCCUACAGAUUCAAACAAUACGUUCUUUGGAAUGUACCCUGGGAGUUACAAUGUUAUAAGAAAGAAGUCAAAGGACAGUACCUACACCGUCUACUCUAAUGGAAUGAGUGCUAGUCUUAUCAAUAAACCAGCAGAUGUGAUCUCACCUACAAACUCUUUAGAUAGGAAGCAGAAAUUCAAUCGUUAUGUGUCUGACUUGCAGGUACAAGCACCUCAGGCAUAUGAUGCUCUGAGCCAGCUCAAGGCGGGUGAGGAAAGAACCAAAGCUAUGUCCAGGGAGCAGAGAGCAGAGAUACUGGAGCAGAUGCGAAAGUCAAAGUCUGGUGGGCGCAACAGCAGUAUGGCUACCCCUCCUGCUACUCCCACAUCUCCACCAGUCAUACCCACUACUACCAAUGUGUCAGCUAUGUUGGCAAUGUCUUGUGCUUCUGAGUCACCACUGAACAAGGAGGAAGCAAGGACCACUUCCUUCAGGACUUCAUACAAAGAAGGUAUAGCUGCACAGAACCUUGAUCCGGACAAAGCCAUCAUCCAAGCAGCAAAGAGAAUGGAAGACAACCGAAGUGAACCAGACACUGAACAAGGGGAAGUUGAGCACACGGACGGGAGUGCUGAAUCAGAUGACAUUGCAGGACGUCCAACAACUCCCAAAAGUGUAACAUUAGAUGCUGUGGAAGAAUCGGAGGAACACACGCCAUAUGUCUUUGAUCCAAAACGACAACCAGGAAGUUCUAUAUUAAAAGGUAGCAACAAGAAAGACAAUCUACAUGCUAAGAUUCACAAAUCAAAGAAAAAGUUGAAUAUCUCUACAGACCCAUUUGCAGACACAACCAUUGGUCAAAUGAUGGCUGCUGAUUCUCCUUAUGACAAUGUUCCUUCUAAUAGUAGAACUAUUCGCUUCUCUGAGACGGUAAUUGUUGAAAACACUCCCGUUCGUGUAUGUCUAGUUUCCGGGAAACCAAGGACUAAUAUGACUGACUUUAAAGCUCUCUUGCAGCAGCAGUCAACACCUAUAGGUUCAAGGACAGUGUCUGCAUGUUAUGCACUCAAUGUUAGGAGUAGUGUCAAAGGUCCAAGGAAUGCAGAGCUUUUGUAUCGCGGUAUCUUGCAGGAGGAAGAUGAAGCCAAGAAGGCUGAAGAUGAUAGACAUUCUACAGAAAGCCCUGUCCCAGAAAGGAAGAUAGUGACUGUUAGUGACUUAAAGAAUGCCAUGGCAUCAGCAAGGGGCAAUGUUAGGAUGGUGAAUGUGGAGGAAGCCAGAGAAAAGCAUGAGAUUGUGAACAAAUCAAGUUGUGCAACGGUGACUGCCAUACCAGAAAUGUCCUCACUACCAAUCAGGGAAACUGUAAUAAAUGGUGCAGAUGACUCACCAGAAAGUGAUGCAAAAAAUACAGAAGAGACUGAUGCAAAUCAUCCACCUGUUACACCAAGUUUGGACACAGGUGCAGAUGAUCAUUGUAAGAACGGUUGUGAAGUAAGAGGUGCACCAGAGACAUUAUCCAGUAAUAACAAUAACAACCAUAGAGAGGAAGAUUCCAUCCAUAGUGGGUCUAUGGUAGGAGUUCCUUCCACUGAUAUCCCCAAGUACAAACCUACUCCUGAUACUCCAGCAACCCUGGUAGAAUCAACCAAGAAUCGUGAUGAAGACUCUACCGUGAGACGCAUCCCCAAGCAUUCCUGGUCAGAUACUGAUCUCAACCGUACGGACCUCAUGGCUGCCAUUCGAGAUCGAGGAAAGCAGGGUGACAAGCGAGAGUCAGCUGUGGCCAGAUUGGAGGAAGCAAGGGACGUUGGUAAGAAAGGCAGCCCGGCACGAAGGGCCAUGACGGUCAGUAGGUCAGAGGGUAGUAUCCAUUCCAUCCUGGACUCAGUCAAACACUCAAUACAGAAGAUGUCACCUAAACAUGAAGCUCAUGAUGGACCUGACAUGGACUAUCCUUCCGAUGCUUGGGACUGAGUGUAUUCAGUCUGAUUCUCUUACAAGUAGAAACAACCGUAUGUAUAACUAGACACCUGUCCUAACCAGUUUCUAAACUAAAUACUAAAAUGAAGGCUUUUGAUGAGUUGCAAGCCAAGUCAGUUUUGAACAAUUAAUACUUAUACUGUUCAUUUUCAUCCUUUUCUUUUUUAACAUAAGACACAUUAUAUGUGAUAUAGGUGAUACAUGAAAGAAAUGUUGUUAUUAUCCUUGUAGCAGUCUGCCAUUGUGUUAAUUGUUACUGCUAUGUUACUUCAAAUUUUGAGGAUAAUUGUUUUGUUUGAAUAGAGGUGUUGACGAAAGGCAUAUUACUUCUGUUUUUUUCUUCUUUCAAAAUUUUAAAUCGUUCUAAAAUGCACAAAUUAGUAUUUUUUUUAAUUGAUUUCCGUAUGAUAUGACAGAGCUUUCCAUAAACACUUUUUAAAGAUGACUUCCUAAGAAGUCAUCAAUGUCACUGCCACUUUCAUUCAGCUUUUUAAAGUAAAAUGUCUUAGCUUGAUAUGCAGAUUUUUAAAGUAAUGUUCAUGAUGAAACUUUAUUUUUGUCUUGCCUGCGUAGCAUAAAGUGAGACAUAGGUGCCGCUUUUCUGAUGACGGCGGUGGCGUCAACAUCAGAAACUUAACCUAAGAUUAAGUUUUAGUAUAAUUUUAAAAGUAUAAGUUCUCAUUCAAUGAAACUUGGACUAAAGGGUUAUCAAGUAUUCCCAAUCAUGUGAGCAGAAUUUCCGGUUAAAAAAUCAAGGUCAAAGGUUAUUUCAGGUCAACAGACUUGGACUAUGUUAUGACAUCAUUAUCGAACACUUAACCUCGGGUUAAAAGUGAAAUCUACCAUACGUAGACAGGAAUUAUUUUAAUGUCUGUAAAGCUUUCUGUGUGUUUCUUGCCCUAGCUUUUUACAUUGCCUUUUUAUAGUUCAGACAAUACUCUUCCAUAUACUCCCCAUUAUUUAGAUUACUACAAACAGGCUCUGAGCAUACACUACACAUACAAUAACCACAUGUACAGUUCAUUUGAAUCCACACUUAAUCAAGUCAAAACCAAUUUUCACUUUGAAGAAGUCUUGGCCCUUGUAUUGUUGAUGGUCAAUGAAUGAAUGACAUGAAUGUUUUAUUAAAGCUGAGAGUAACGUGAGCUAUCUUGCUCUUACCAGCUGGUAAUGAUCUGACUGGCUAGCUGUGCACCCCUACUCCAAGCCUCCACAGACCCUCUUCUACAUUCAAUGUUAGCAUUGUUCACAUCGGACUCCUAGUUUUUAAGUUUGCAAAAUCUCAGUUAUAAACAGCGAUCCACUGAAAAACAUAAGGGUUCACAGGGAAUCGAACGAAUUAUUCAAGGUUGACUACAAGCCGGGUAAAGCAUUCAUUUGAUCUUCAAGCUAGCUUAAAUUCACAGUUAAUUACGUCCAAAUGGCGCAGAACUUUGAUCGGAGCCCCCCCCCCCCCCUCUGUUGGUAGUAAUCGUGCUUAACUGACGAAUCUGCCGUGGUUUGAAACUUUGAGUUAACUUAAAGCAUUGUAAGCAAGAGUGUGUCUUCACAGUCCCUGUAAAAUACAAGAUAUCUUCAAAAUUAAAAGCCAUCCAUCCAUCCAUCCAAAAGAUAUUUGAUAUAGCGCCUUUUCCUUGCAGUUACAAAAAGCUGCACACAUGCUUAAAGUUACCUGCUUAUUGUGUGACCCUCACUGUUAACAUGUUGCUGUAGGAUAGGGGGCCAAAUACAGAUAGAAAGGGAAGAAGUAUGAUUGUAAGGACUGAAGGUUUCACUUCCUCCUGGUCUAUUCUUAGUGUGGUUUGUUUAGAUGGAAAUAAUCAGGAUUAGUUUUUAUCACCAUGUUGACUCUGAGAUGUUUGGGUUUGUUAUCGAGAUUAGAGAUAACCCUCUGGACUUUUCAUUUAGAUCCUUGCUCAACUCUUGGUAGACUUCUUGCUUUAAUCUGAAAUAUUGUAUACUUCUCUCUCGUUUACCUUUUUAUGAUAAUAAUAAUAAUAAUAGUGGCUACUUAUAUAGCACAGAGGUCCACCUUUUGGUGCUCAAGGUUAUUAGAGAAAAAUACAUGUAACAAAUAUAAGAAAGAAAAAACAAAACUAAAUUCUCCUAGACAUAGUAAAUUAGAAUUUUGCAAUAAUUACAGUUGUGAUUGAACGUUUGUGUUGACGACCGUUAACGUAUUUGUAGAUGGAGUUCAUUCCAGAGUUUCAGACCCAUGGCUUAGAAAGCCUGAUCACCCCAAGCAUGUAAGUGACCAACAAUGAUUAGCCAGUAGAAAGAGUAAAACAAAAAUUAAAUUGCAUGAUCAACUUAUGGCAUGAUAAAUAUGUUACACAAUCCAGUAUUGUCAAAGUAAGAAAGAAAAUCAUUAUUUAAAACCUGUAACAUAGAGACAUUGGCUUCUUGGAUAUUAAAGAUGAAUCAACUGAGCUGUCUUUUGGAGAUCAAUUUUGGGAGAUAUUAAAAGCUUUACAAAAAUACACUGUACAGACUUAACCAU